AUGAAUAUUAUUGCUUGGAAUGUUAGAGGUGCUGGUAAAGAUAGGUGUGCUAGUACUGUUAAGGACCUAAAAAAGGCAUAUGCCAUUGAUGUGUUUGCUAUUCUCGAGCCUCGAAUUAGUGGCCCUAGGGCUCUAAGGGUUGCCCAGAGUUUGGGUUUUUCUCAUUACCAUAUUGUUGAUGCUUUUGGUUUUUCUGGGGGUGUUUGGUUGUUAUGGAAUGGGAAUUCAGUUUCUCUUCAAGUUGUUGCGCACUCUAGCCAAUCUAUCACUGCAUUAGUAACUUUGAGGAAUCAUAGGUGGCUCCUCACUAUUGUUUAUGCAAACCCUUGCCCUGGAAUUCGAGAAGCUUUGUGGAAGUACUUUGAUGGUCUUAUUGAAGCUUCCAAUCUGCCUUGGCUUGUUCUAGGUGAUUUUAAUGAUAUUGUGAGUGUGGAUGAGAAAUGUGGGGGUAAUUUAGACCAAGGUGGUAAAAAGUUUGUUGAGUGGAUUGAUCGUAACCAUUUGGUUGACCUGGGUUUCUCUAGGGCAAAGUUUACUUGGUGUAAUAAAAGGAAUGCUGAAGGAAUUAUUUGGAAGAGGCUUGAUAGGGGCCUUUGUAGUAUUGAUUGGUGUCUUCUGUUUCCUGAGGCUCACCUCCUUCAUCUUCCUAGGGUGAACUCGGAUCACUGUCCUAUUUUGGUGCGCCUUGACUCCAAACAUUAUCCUAAUAGAGCAAAUGUGCCUUUUCGUUUCCAAGCCAUGUGGAUGUCUCAUCCUGAUUUUAAGGAAUUUGUUACGAACAUUUGGAGUUCUGGUGAUGGUCAUGCUGUGCACAGAUCAGCUAGGCUCGUGGCUCCGCUUGGCAUUUGGAAUCAGCGGGUUUUUGGGUGUUUAUUUAAAAAGAAAAGGCAUCUAUUAGCUAGACUUGCAGGAAUUCAAAAGAAGCUUUGUCAUGAGCAUAAUCCUUUCCUUAGUGAGCUUGAGGUUGAGCUUACUAAAGAUUACAAUUUACUACUAGAUCAAGAAGAGACUUUUUGGCUGCAAAAGUCCAGGAAUACCUGGCUUAAAGAAGGGGACAGGAAUACUCAGUUCUUCCAUCUGUCUACAGUUGUUAGGCGAAGAAGGAAUAAGUUGGAAGGGUUACAUGAUGAUUUUGGGGAUUGGAUUACUGAGAAACAGAGCAUGAAACAUAUUAUUGUUAAUUAUUUUCAAGGGUUGUUUUGUGCUUCUGAUAUGGUUGGUGACUAUGCUUUGCUUCCUCAGUUGUAUCCUAGCCUUGAAGAGGCUGAUCUUGAAGGUCUUAGUUGUCCGGUUUCUAUUGAAGAGAUCAAGAAUAGUGUGUUUGCUAUUGGUAGAUUAAAGACCCCUGGACCUGAUGGUUUCCCUGCUCUUUUCUACCAAGAUUAUUGGGGGGUUUGCUCUGAUGAUAUCAUUUCCUUUGUUCAAGAUUGCUUUAAUACUGCCACCCUUCCUGAUCAUUUAAAUGAGACUCUGAUUGCUUUGGUGCCUAAAGUGGAGAGGCCUAUGUUUAUGAAUCAGCUUAGGCCUAUUAGCCUUUGCAACACUCUUUAUAAAGUGGUCUCUAAAAUCCUUGUAGCUAGGCUUAGGCUGUGUAUGACUAAGCUUGUCAGCCCUAACCAAGUUAGUUUUAUUCCAGGGAGACAAAUUACGGAUAACAUUAUUGUUGCUCAAGAAGUUCUCCACAAAUUUAAAUAUGCCAAAGGGAAGAAGGGUUUUAUAGCUUGGAAAAUUGAUUUAUCCAAAGCUUAUGAUCGUAUGCAAUGGCCUUUUAUUAGGGAGGUGCUAUGGGAAGUGGGCAUUAAAGGAAGCAUUCUGGAGUUGCUUAUGCAGUGUAUCACUUCUAUGCAGUACAAGGCCAUUCUUAAUGGGGAGCUAACUGACUCUUUCUCUCCUCAAUGUGGUAUUAGGCAGGGGGACCCUCUCUCCCCUUAUAUCUUUGUUUUGUGUAUGGAAAAACUUUCUCAUCUCAUCCAACAAAAGAUUCAUGAUAGAGCUUGGAAGUCUGUUCAGAUUUGUCAAGGAGGUCCUCAUAUUUCCCAUUUAUUAUUUGCUGAUGAUUUAAUCCUUUUUGGGGAAGCUACUGUGGAUCAAGCUUGGUUAAUGAAACAGUGUUUGGAUGAUUUCUGUCAGUUUUCUGGUCAGCGUGUUAGCUUUGAAAAGUCUAUGAUAUGUGUUUCCCCUAAUACAUGCUCUGAUUUGGCUAAUUCAAUUGCUACGAUAAGUGGUUCUCCUCUCACUGCUAGCCUUGGUAAGUACCUUGGUGUCCCUCUUAUCCAUACUAGAGUCAGUAAACAAACAUAUCAAGAGGUUAUUGCUAAAACCCAAAAGAGAUUAGCUUCUUGGAAGAGCCGUACGUUGUCUAUGGCUGGUAGAAUUACUUUGCUUCAAUCUGUUACUGCUGCUAUUCCUAUCUAUACUAUGCAAACUGCCAAGUUGCCUAUGUCUGUCUGUGAUAAAUUGGAUCAGCUCAACAGGAAUUUUCUUUGGGGGCAUACCAGUAAUACUUCUAAAAUCCAUCUUGUCAAUUGGGAGCAAGUGUGUAAACCUAAGGUAGUUGGUGGGUUAGGCAUUAAAAGGUCUGCUUGGAUGAACCAAGCUCUUUUGGCUAAGACUGGAUGGAGACUUCUUCAACAUGAGCAAGGCUUGUGGUCUCAGGUCUUCUAUGCUAAGUACUUAAAACAUCGAAACAUUUUAACUGUGAAGGACUCUUAUUUCCCUUGUAGCUCUAGUGUUUGGAGGGGUGUUCUUUAUAGUAAUUCUGUCCUUUCCAAAGGUGUUAAGUGGAGAGUUGGGUCUGGGGAUAAUGUGUUAUUUUGGACUGAUAGGUGGUUGAGUUGUGGUCCUUUGUAUCAAUAUUCGCUCAUUGAUCUUUCUGAGGAAAUGCUUCAGCUGAAUGCUUCAGUUAAAUGGGAUUGGCAGUUUCUUUGGAGGUUGCGGCUCCCUCCUAAGAUUAAAACUUUUCUGUGGAUUGUUUGUCAUCGAAAGUUGCUUACUAAUGUGCAAAGGCAGAAGAGAGGCCUCACUCAAGCUCCUGCUUGUCCUAGAUGUGAUUAUCCUAUGGAAACUAUUGCUCACUUGUUUAAGGAUUGCCCUUUAUCUUUGACCAUUUGGAAUUGUCUUCAAAUUGGAAAUAAUCCUAGCCCUGAUAUGGUGGAUUUUAAAGAGUGGCUGUUAAGGAAUCUUCACUCUAAAAGAAAGAGAUGUAAAGGAAUUUUUGAUCAAAGGUUUGUUAUGCCUGGUGAACCACAUCAAUUAAUUCUUCAGUAUGCGUUGGAGUGGUUUAAUGCCACCAAACCGCCUUCCCUUUCUUAUGUGCCGUCUAUUGUUCAACUUCAUUGGAUAGCCCCUACUUAUGGAGUUUGUAAGAUUAACACUGAUGGAAGUCGUAAUUGUCUGAGUUGUGGGGCAUUUUUUGGGGGUCUUCAUUUGGCUUGGGAGUCUGGCUUUCGUGAUGUGGAGGUGGAAAGUGACUCUAGUGUGGCUGUGGCUCUUCUUUCUAGCUCUACUAUUUCCACACACACCCUGUUUAGCCUUAUUAGGUGUUGCAAGUUAAAGGUGCAAGCUGGUUGGAGUUGUUCUGUUAAGCAUAUCUUCAGAGAGCAGAAUGUGGCAGCUGAUGUCUUGGCUUCUAUGAGUUCUGAGUUUGGCACUGGGGUGCAAUAUUUUACUGAGGUGCCUACUUUUCUUGCGACUUGUUUGGCUGAGGAUGCUAUUGGGGUGACCAGGUCCCGUGUUGUUUGUGCCUAG